AGAGAGAGAGAGGAACAUUACCCUUUGGAACGGACAAGACUCACCUGUUUGAAGGAGUGCCAUUUAGACUGAAAGGUGCAGUGAUUUUGGAAUAGACAUACUGUACAGACUGCAGAAAUACUUGGAUCCUCUUUCAGCAAGGACACACACCAUCUUAAACACCAUGUAGGCUGGGGAUUUACAGAUCUGCAACUGAGGCAGGCUUGUAAUCAGAUGAAACACAAGAUUAUCCCAAGGAUCCCUUCAUCUUUCCCACUGCUGGAGAAGUGUUAGAGAAGCUGGAGGUGGAGGAGAAGGAGGAGGAGACUCUGGGUCAUGAGGGGUGGGGUCUGACGGAGUGACUGAGUGAAAGAGGGGAGGAGGGGUUCACCUGUGGAUGUGUACGGGGGAAAAGAGACACCACUGCUGAUGCCUGUUCCCUUUCAAGGUCCCGCGCAGACACUGAGAUGACUGCACGUCGACAUUAGAGAAAGGAAGGAAAGGCAGGGAGACAUAGAGGGCUGGGAAGGACUCCGGGGAAUAGGCAGUACUAAAGGAUAUAUCAAGAAGAGAAUAUAAAUUCUGCAUCCAACUCUCCUCACAGGUUUUCCAUGGCGGAGAUUGGGUGCCCCGUGUCUGAACCGUUUCCACCUGGUAGCACCAUUCCACCCAAUCCUACUGUCGCUGAUGAUAUUAUUAUUCCACAUUCUACAGAACUAAAGGACCUUAAGCCUGAGGAGCUACAGAAGAGUUCUAGUGAACUACCAUGCACAGAAUCUAUUCUGGAAGACAGAGGGCAUAUAAAAGAAAAAGAUAAAUGCCUUCACAAUGCACCACGUCCCCACAGUAUUGCUGAGGUUCACAUAACUGAUGAAACAGGUGCACAGAUAGCAUCUGGUGUAAACCGUCCGAAUGAACAGGGAUCAUUGGUACUCACAGAAAAAGCCUCCUCGCUUCACAGACACCUAGCAGAAGAGAACCUGUCCCCAACCAACCAGAGGAGUCAUUCAGAUACCCUUCAAAUUCAACAAAAGGACCAUCCUCUACAAAGUGAAACAAUCAAGCCUACAUCUCUGAAUAAGAGCCGAGAAGCACUGCUUCUGUCCCUAGCUUGUAAGGAGGCCACGCAUACACAGCAUAGCAGUAGUCUCACCACUCUCUGCAGAGCAGCAAAUAGCCCAAUCCAAGCAAGCUCUGUUCAAGUUUGCACUUCUGGCUGUACUCAGAUAUCAGGUGAGUUUGCCAGGGAUAUUAAACCCUCUAGGCUUGAAGCAGCUGCUUGCUGCAGCCCCUACCAUCAUGUAGCUGUUGAGGACACGUUCGCUGCCUACUGUCACCCCCAGCCCAUACCCGCUCCUGCACAAGUUGUACCACGACUAAUAAACAUGGAGGGAGACUACAAGGGGCAGAGAGCAGGCCCAACCUUAUUAUCGCUUCCCCCACUCGUUUCCUCCGUCAGUGAGACAAGACUGGAUUCCAAAAGACUGGUCCACUGUUGCAGCCUGGACUGUAAGUGGCCUGGUCCUUUGUGCCAGCCUGGAAGUCAGCAGAAAUCGAUUAAAGAGGUUAGAAAAAUGAGAGAUGCAGGGACUAUGACAUCCUGCAGGGAGUUAAAGGACAUAGGGGUACAAGUGGGUCAGGACUCAGAAAAGUCACCUCAGCAUGUCUUCCCAAAGGUGUGUCUGGUGGACGAAAAUGAGAUUGGAAAUGACAAGCUUACAGAGAAACAAAAAAAUCCAAUAAAGGAUGUGAAGUGGGACUCGGAAGGAAUGACAUGGGAGGUCUACGGUGCCUCGGUGGACCCUGAGGAACUGGGCUUGGCUAUUCAAAAGCACUUGGAGCUGCAGAUCAAGGAGACUGCAGGAAGAGCAGCAAGGUUCUCACAGCAGAACACAACCACCUCAAAGCUGGAAAAUGAACAAAGGAAAAGUAAGAGGAAGAGGGGAGUAAUGGCAGCUCUUCGUCCUUCAGUAUGUUGUAGCCGCACCUCUACUGCAGUGGACUAACUACCAAAACUGGGUUUUGUAUUUUUAAGCAUCAUAGAUUUUUCAAAUCUAUAGACGGUGUAUGAAGAGGGUAGAACACUGGAUGAGAGAGAACAUGUGCCUAAGUCUUCCUUUCAGUUCAGAACCUCAUGCAUCGUUUUCAGAAAACUUUAUUGACCUUAAGGGCUAUUUGUUUUGUGUGUACUUCUAGCCAUUUGUGUAUCUAUCAUUGGAGCACUUUAUUUCUUACUGCAGUACGCAAAAUGUCCUGUCAUUCUUAAGCAGCAGGGUGAUAACUUUACUAAGGCUAAGAUUGAAAGCACAAACCCGGCUGUGAGCCUGAGGCCAUCUGACACCUGGUGACUCCCCACUAAAGUUAAACAACUCAGCUGAUAAUGCAAGUAAGGUCACAGGCUACGGUCAAAGUCCUAGAAUUGGCAGAGGCUGACAAGAGUGACCUUGUAGUUGGGGUUACUAAUUUCCACAAUCCUGUCAAAUAAUAAGCCUUUCCAAAGAACAAAGCCCUUAAUCCCCAAUAGUACCGGGAUACCCAAGAGACUGAUACUGAGCUUUGACCCUGUGCUUCCUUAGAUGUAUGAGAUGAGACAUGCUAAGUAAAAAAAAAAGCCCUAUGUAGCAAUACAAUAGCCAAUAAGGAAUCUCUGCUGUUCUAGAGAGUUCUAGAGUGUCUGAAAAAAAUACGUAAUUCUUUUGAUAGCCAAGAAGUAAUAAAGAACAGCAGAGAAAGACUUGAAAUAAUGAAGAUUCAAGAGAACCCAGAGAUUCAAAGCAAGAGCUUCAGUAAGGGACCUAAAACAUAGCUUACACUGAGCUAGAUGCUAGGUAUGGGGAAAAUCUAAGUGGGUUAAAGAUUCCUUUAAUAUUCUUUGAUUAAUUGAGAUACUAAUAACAAUAUAGAGGAAAUCAGUUCAUUUUCAUUUCAUUCAGUUUCAUUCGCAUUCAAUUAAACAAAUCCUAAGCUUAAAAGAUAUGUGAACCCUCUGUCAAUACAUAACAGUUUUACUUUGUAUUCUUGCUCUUUACAACUGCACCCUUUCCAGUGACCUCAGGUUAAUUGUUUUUGUCAGUAUAUAUAUAAAAUAUAUAUAAAAUGUAUAUAUGAAACCUAAACUAUUCCAUCUAGUCAGAGGCAUGUCUUACUAUGAACCACACUCUCUUCCAUGUAUCCAAAAAAAAUGCAAGCAAUUUGUACUAAUAUUCACAAAUGCAGAUUGUGAGUCUGGUAUAAAAAGAAAAAAAUCCUUUUCUGAAGAAUAUAGAUAUAUUUCUGUGCUGUCUUUAAAAAAAUGAGAUCAGUUAGUGUAUUGUGUGUAGCACACUGUGAUGAGAGGCAGCAUAAGAGCUGAACUGUUGCACCAUGUCCUGGUCUAAAUUGUCUCUCUGUCUUUCGUUUUUGUCUGUGAUUACAAUGGUAUGAUGAUUAUACCAAGAGUAGUACUCUGAUUAACCAUGUUAUUAUUACUACCACUGUUAGAAGGAACUGAACAUCUCUCAGUCUCUGUUGUUUGGAAAAAAAAGUCCAAAAAAUGUGUGUUUAUAUUUUGGGUGUAUAUAUAUUACAUAUAUAAAACACCUAACAGCAAUAUAAUAUGGAUGAAAAUGAAAAUAAAGUAGAAAAACUAAUACAGACUAAUACAACUGACAUAAUAGAGAUUAGUAAUGAGAAUAAUGUUAAGAAAAUUCUCUUGCUAUUAUUUUAAUGGUGACUAGAAGAAACGUCAUCUAUUUCACGUAAUGUUAAUUUAACGCACAAAUUAAUUCACAUUUUCAGCGUGAGAGUAAGACAUAUUUUCCUGUUGCCUAAAUUGCAAAAUGUUUCUAUAAACUAUUUAUUCCUAGAGCAUAACUAAUAGUGACCUCUGAUCCAUAAUGUCACACCAUAAUCUUUGUAGGAUGGAUGUUGUCUGAAAUGUUUCAUUCCUAAUAUUGAAAUGUCUAGGACAUCACCUUUUGGGGGAUGCACAAAUAUAGUUUGUACAUUUUUAUCAGUGUAUUGGUGAU